UGUUCAUGGUAGCAGCAGCAGCCAGCAGAUAAUUAAUCAAUCUCCUUCAUUACUUUUUUCAUGGCUGGUGAUGUUCAGAUGUUUCUUUAGAUGUCGUAAAACCCAAUUUCCCUUCCAAAUCCAUUCUGAAGUGACAUUUUUAAAAAAAGUUUUUUAGUUUUAUUCUGCGUAAUAUGUUUCGACCAACUCGCUGCUUUCUGUCGACAAAAAACGGCAGAUUCAUUUCGAGAAACAAGAGCGAUGCCACGAAGGACAAUUUUUUCGACAAGAACAUAGCUUUCGAGAGUGAAUAUUACUACAGGCAGAAUCCCCAGUUGUUGAAAAUUUUGAAACAAAAAACCGAAGAUGAGGUUGUAGCGAUGCAGAACAAGGUACGCGAUAUGAAGGCGAAAAUUGACGAGUACAAUCGUGACAUUAACGAAACUAUGAGAUUCUUGAAAGGACUGGAAAACGAUUUAUCUGCUGGUAGCAAGAAAAAAACAUGAAUAUAAGAUUGUAAGAUCACACCGUUUUCGGCAAAAGUUGCUCGGGUGUAUUGUGGAUAAAAAACGUCUCGUGAGUUUGGAGUUUCAUAGAAAAGUAUAUUUUUUUAAGUCUAAAAUUUUGUACCAAUAAAAAUGGUGGAAAAUUGAAA